ACCUAUGUACCUUGUGUGUAUAAGAUUUUAUUUUCGUGGAUAAGUUAUGUAUGUUAUCCAUUUUAAUUUAAUUAAUUGUAUAUGUCUAAUUAAAAACAAAAUGUUAUUUUAUUAUAUCAAUUUUUUAUUUGUUUAUUUUAAUUUAAUUUGAAGAUUUUCGAUACCUAUUUAUUUGUAUAAAAGCAUUGUAUGAUUUAAUUUAAUUUGUAUUAAUUUAUUAUUUGUUUAAUUUCAUUUGUUAUGCCAGAGUACAAUGGUUAGUAUAGACCUUAAUGUUGAACCUGACGUCGUAGAAGGAACUAUUGUGAAUUCAACUACGCCAACCACCCCUUGUCCAUGAAUGUGUUUUGAGUCCGGUAGUGAGUUUUUUGAAUUUUGCAAUCGUUAUGCGUACAUGACUGGUUUUGAGUUGUUUGUAAUAUGUAGUAAGAUUAAGAAGGAGUACAAGGAUAAGGGUGUUAGUAGAGUUGGUAUUGGUGAGCUUGAGGCUAGGCCUCAUACGAUGGAGAUGAUCAGAUUAAAGUGUAAGAAAGGUGGCGUGAAAUCUAGUGUCGGGUCUAAUGUUACUGGUUGCAACGUAUUUUUUUAUGGUAAAGAGAAAAACGGAGAGUUUGUAGUUAUUAGUUGUGAUUUGGUGCAUAAUCAUCCUCUAUUGCCCGAAAAUAGUAGGAUGAUGGUUAACUAUAGAAGCAUCGAUAGUGCUACCUUUGAUAGGGUAAUGAUAAAUGAACGUGCCGGUGUUAGCAUUAGUAGAAACUUUGGCACGCAAUUGAUUGAAAAGGGUGGUUUUGAUAAUAUGACGUUCAACAAAAAAGAUUUGAGGAACGCCAUAGCUGUUGAACGUCGUAAAACCAUGUUUGACAAAGGGGAUGCUGUUGCACUUGAAGAGUAUUUUAAAGCACAACGAGAUCUGAAUGGCGAUUUUUAUAGUUCUAUAGAACGAGAUGAAGAGGGUAUUUUAAAGAACGCAUUCUGGUCCAACGCGCGUAGUAGAGGAAGUUGCAAAUAUUUCGGGGAUGUGAUCAGUUUCGACACCACCUUUUCUAGCAACAGGUAUCGUAUGCCAUUUGCCCCGUUUGUUGGCGUCAACCACCAUGGGAGGUCAAUUGUUUUUGCUGCCGCUUUAAUCUCACACGAAGACACUCCGAGUUUUGUUUGGGUCUUUGAGGAAUGGCUUAAGUGCAUGGGAAAGCCUCCUAAGGGGAUUAUAACCGAUCAGGACAAGGCAAUAGGUAGAGCGAUAAGCAUAGUUUUCCCUGGGGUUCCUCAUAGGCUUUGUUUGUGGCACAUGCUACAAAAUGCCUCUCGCAAUCUCGGCAAGCUCGAUGAAUGGAAAAGCAUCGACACGCUAAUUAGAACCGCCGUUCAUGACAUGCUCGAUCCCGAGGAGUUUGAUGAGGCUUGGUGUCUUGUGAUGGACAAAUAUAAUCAACGUCAGGGUUGGAUGCUGGAUGCGUAUGAUAAACGUCGGCAAUGGGCACCAGCUUACAAUAGAGGUAAAUUUUGGGCUGGAAUGUCCUCUACGCAACGAAGUGAAGGUAUGAAUCGCACAUUCAAAAUUCAUGUAAACUUAGAUUGUGGAUUAACGCAGUUUAUUAAAAACUACGAGUUCUGUAUGAAGAUAAAGGCAGAGGAAGAGUCGAAGGAUAAUCAUAAUAGUAUAGAUAAGCCUCCUAAACUUGAUGUGGACAAGAGUGUGUUAGCUGAGUAUGUGUUGCAUACUGUAUACACCAAUGAGAUGUUUGCUGCGGUUGUGAAUGAGCGUAAAGGUUUAACCCAUACGAACGUAACCAAAACCAAUGCAAUAGGGUCACUUGUAUUGUAUAGAGCAGAUGAGAAACUGACCUCCCCUCAUUGGAGGAAAAGGUUCAAAAGUUACGUUGUUAAAGUAGAUAAGGUUAAGGGGGAAGUCAGUUGCUCAUGUCAGUUGUUUGAAUUUAGGGGUAUUUUAUGUAGGCACAUACUCAAAGCAAUGGAUGUGGAGGAUUUCCAAUUUAUACCGGAGAAAUAUAUACUAGAUAGAUGGACGAAGCAAGUUAGGUCGUAUGAGAGUGUUAGGGUUUCAUACUAUGAUCCUGAAGAAACCGCAACGUUAGCCAAAGCUAAAGAGCUUUCCCAAAGACAUAAUUAUUUGAAAGAAUUAGCCAUGCGCAAUGAAGCUGCCUACAAGUUAUAUACGGAAGGCACUGAUAGUCUUAGGCUGAAAAUGGAGGAUGCAGUCGGUAUAAGAAAGACUGGUGAAGGAGGUGAUCAGUCUAUUUGUUGGUGGGAUCCCGAAGCACGUAACGUAUUUGGUCGUCGUAGGCUACGACCGAGGGAGUGUAAUGAACGUGCCCUAAAGAGGGCAUCUCAACCUGCUGAGGAUGGUGCCAUUAAAACCCCCAUUGAUAAGAGGCAUGUUGGGCGGUCUAAGAAAGGACCGUAUUCAAUUUACGACAAAUCAACGAAGAACCAAGCAUGUAAUCAUGCUGAGAUUGCAGCGAACGAGGAACUCAUAAGGUCUACUUAUGGCCAUAUUCCUAGCUACCGGGCAAGGCAAGAGCAUGCGAACAACGUUCAGGAUGCCCGUUUACAUUCCUCAUCCAUUGGACCUGUUUUAGAAGACAUUCCUGAAUCAUCUCAAAUAAAUUUGUCCGAAGAUAUAUCUCAAACUUUUGAUUAUGAUACCUUUGAAUGGAACACAAGACUUGGAGGAAGAUUGACCAUGUAGUUGUUUUUAUCAAUGUUAUAAUGAAUUGGGUACCGUAUUAUCUGUAUGGCAUUUUUGCGCUAGAUUGUCAUUUGAAGUUUGUUUAUUGGUACUUUUUAAAUUUAAU